GCGACUGACUGAGCGUGGGAGCGGGGGGCGGCAGGGAGCAGACACAGUGGACCUUGGGUGAGUGGAUUCUGCACAGCAGGGCCAAGCACGAUGAACGGCCACAGCUCCCCUCCUCUUGAUGUCCUGGCCACCAAUGGCACCGAGCUGACCAUCAUCCCUGAGACCAUGAAGGCCGUGUUGGGAGCCAGCACCUCCUCCGGGCCCCAGGCCAAAAGCAUCACUGGGGUAUACGUGGAGGCCUCCAGCCAGGCCCAGAGUCUCUACGCUGCCAUGAAGCAGGGCCUCCUGUCCAGUGAGCUUGGGCUGGCUCUGCUGGAGGCCCAGGCUGCCACUGGGGGCCUCGUGGACCCCACGCGGGGCCACUUACUCUCUGUGUCUGAGGCCGUGCAGCAGGGCCUGGUAGGCCUGGGGCUGAAGGAAAGGCUGCUGGCUGCUGAGCGGGCAGUCACUGGGUACCCUGAUCCCUAUGGUGGCGGGAAGCUGGCCCUCUUCCAGGCCAUCGGGAAGGAGGUGAUAGGGCGAGCACAGGGGUACAGCUGGUUGGAGGCUCAGCUGGCCACUGGGGGCCUGGUGGACCCCAUUCGGGGUGGGCGAGUGGCCCCAGAGCUGGCCUGCCAGCAGGGCCUCCUGGACCAGGAGACGUGGCGUGUUCUGGCAGAGGGCAAGCCGAGUUCCAGCACCCCUGGCUUCCAGGACCCUAACACGGGAGAGUGGCUGUCCUAUGGCAGUCUGCUGGGCAGGUGUGUGAGAGCCCCCAGCACUGGGCUGGCCGUCUUGCCCCUCAAAACCACGUUCCACACCCUGUGUGGGGCAGUGAGCUUGGCAGAGGUGCAGGAGGCGGGCAUCCUGGAUGGGGAGACUGCCCGGGGCCUUCGGGAGGGCAAGCUGUCGGUGUCGGAUGUGAGUGCCCGGGCUGCUGUGAGGCGCUACCUGCAGGGCGCGGGCAGCGUGGCCGGGGUCGUCCUGCUGCCCGUCGGCCACAAGAAGAGCUUCUUCCAGGCUGUCACCGAGCACCUGCUCCCGAUGGCCACGGCGCUCCCGCUCCUGGAGGCUCAGGCCGCCACCUGCACGCUGGUGGACCCAGGCACCGGCGAGCGGCUGUGGGUGGAUGAGGCCGUCAGGUCUGGCCUGCUCAGCCCGGAGCUCCAUGGGCAGCUCCUGGUGGCAGAGCAGGCGGUGACGGGCUACCACGACCCCUUCAGCGGCAUGCGGGUCACCCUCUUCCAGGCCAUGAAAAAGGAGCUGGUGGACAGGUCCCUGGCGCUGCGACUCCUGGAUGCCCAGCUGGCCACGGGGGGGCUCGUGUGUCCAGCCCGCAGGCUCCGGUUGCCCCUGGAGGGCGCCCUACGCUUCGGAUGCCUGGACGAAGAAACACGGCGGUGUGUCUCACGGGCCACUGGCUUCUCGGACCCCAGCACACAGGAGAGCCUUGGCUAUGGGCAGCUGAUGGCCCGCUGUGUCACCGACCCAGAGACAGGGCUGGCCUUCCUUCCGCUCUCAAAUGGCACCCUUGGAGGGGAGCCACAAGGACUCCCGUUCAUCGACCACAGCACCCGGCAGGCCUUAAGUGAGGCCACGACCACCGUCUCCGUGGGCCAGUUCCAGGGCCGGCCCGUGUCUCUCUGGGAGCUGCUCUUCUCCGAGGCCAUCCCCGCAGAGCAGAGGGCAGCCCUGGCCCAGCGGCACCGGGAGGGCGCCAUCUCAGCGGAGGAACUGGCAGCGGCGCUGAGGGCCAUCCUUGAGCAUGCUGCAGCCACGGCCAAGACCACCUUCGCUGGGCUGAGGGGGCCCGUGAUGCCCGCUGAGCUUCUAGAAGCAGGGAUCAUCGAGCAGGACAUGUAUGAGCGUCUGGAGCAAGGCCAGACCACAGCCCGGGAAGUGGGCAGGCUGGACCCCGUGCAGAAAUACCUGGAAGGGACCGGGUGCGUUGCCGGCCUGCUGCUGCCCAGCUCCCAGGAGCGGCUUAGCAUCUACGAGGCUCGAAGGAGGGGGCUUCUCAGGCACGGCACGGCCCUCAUCCUCCUGGAGGCGCAGGCGGCCACGGGCUUCAUCCUUAACCCGAAGGAGAACAAGAGAUACUCUGUGGAGGAGGCCUUGAGGGCCGGCCUCAUCGGGCCCGACAUGUUCGCAAAGCUGCUGUCAGCGGAGCGCGCCGUCACCGGCUACACCGACCCCUACACGGGGGAGCAGAUCUCCCUCUUCCAGGCCAUGCAGAAGGACCUCAUCGUCCGCGACCACGGCCUCCGCCUGCUGGAGGCGCAGAUCGCCACGGGCGGCAUCAUCGACCCCGUGCACAGCCACCGGCUGCCCGUGGACGUGGCCUACCGGCGCGGCUACUUCGACGAGGACAUGAACCGCGUCCUGGCGGACCCGAGCGACGACACCAAGGGCUUCUUUGACCCCAACACGCACGAGAACCUCACGUACCUGCAGCUCCUGGAGCGCUGCGUGGAGGACCCCGAGACGGGGCUGCGCCUGCUGCCACUGAGCCGCCCGCAGCCGCAGCUGGUGGACGGCGCCACCCGGCAGGCCUUCCAGAGCCUGCUGCUGUCCAUGAGGUACGGGCGGUUCAAGGGACAGAGGGUCUCGGCGUGGGAGCUCAUCAACUCCGAGUGCUUCAGCGAGCACCAGCGGAGGCAGGUUUUGCGGGACUACCAGCAGCGCAGGCUCUCGCUGCUGCAGGUGUCACGGUUGCUGGAGAGAGCGACCUCGAGGUGGGUGGACUUCACGCUGCCCAUGGCGUGCGCGCCGCAGGGCCGAGUCAGCGCCUACCAGCUCUGGGAGGCCCGGAUCAUCGACCAAGAGCUCCUGGACCAGGUGCUGGAGGGCACAGUGAGCCCCGAGGCGCUCCUCCGCAUGGACAGCGUGCAGCGGGCCCUGCGCGGCUCCGGGGCUGUGGGUGGCGUGCUGCUACAGCCCUCCGGCCGGCGGCUCAGCCUCUAUGCGGCCAUGAAGCAGCAGCUGCUAGGCCCAGGCGUGGCACUAGCCCUGCUGGAGGCCCAGGCGGCCACCGGGGCCCUUCUCGAACCCCAUGGUCCGGAGCCCCUGUCAGUGGACGAGGCCGUGCGCAGGGGGCUGGUGGGGCCCGAACUGUACGGCAGGCUGAGGUGGGCGGAAGGUGCGGUCACUGGCUGCAGAGACCCCUUUUCUGGGGAGCGGGUAUCCUUGUUCCAGGCCAUGAAGAAGGGCCUAAUCCCCGUAGAGCAGGCUGCCCGCCUCCUGGAGGCCCAGGUGGCCACAGGAGGAGUCAUUGACCCCACAGGCCACUACCGCCUCCCCAUGCCCGUGGCCACCCAGCGCGGCUACAUUGACCAGGAGAUGGAGACGGCCUUGUGCGGCUCCCCCGAGACCUUCCCCAUGCCAGAUGGCCGGGGCCACACCAGCUAUGCCUGGCUCCUGGAGCAGUGUGUGAGGGACGAGGCUUCUGGCCUUCAUUUCCUGCCCCUGCCCGAAAACGCUACUGCGGCUCCCACUGACGAGCAGGUCCGGGAGACCCUGCAGGCCAUGCAGGGGGCUGAGGAUGGCACGUCCCUCUGGGAGCUCCUGUGCUCCCGCCACUUCUCGGAUGAGCAGCGGCAAAGCCUCUUGGAGGACUUCAAGGAGGGAAAGACCAGUACCCAGCAGCUCCGGGAGACCGUGCAGAAGUGGGUGCGGGAGGCAGAGCUCGUGGCACAGGCUCAGGUCACAGUGCCCGGCCCCCGGGGGGAGGUUCCUGCCGUCUGGCUGCUGGCUGCCGGCAUCAUCCCCUGGGAGACCCUGGCGGCACUGGCUGAGGGCACGCGGUCACCUGCCGAGGUUGCUGGGCAGCCCGCUGUGAAGGCCUGCCUCUGGGGUACGGGGUGCGUGGCCGGUGUGCUGCUGCAGCCGUCCGGGACCAAGGUUAGCAUCAGCCAGGCUGUGAUGGAUGGCCUCUUGCCCCAGGGCCUGGGACGAAGGCUGCUGGAGGCCCAGGUGGCAUCUGGCUCUCUCGUUGACCCUCUGACCAACCAGAGACUCUCUGUGCAAGGUGCCGUCAAAGCCGGCCUGGUGGGUGCGGCCUUGCAUGAGCGGCUGCGGCAAGCCGAGAGGGCCGUGGUUGGGUACACGGAUCCCUACACGGGAGGUUCCCUCUCACUGUGGCAGGCCAUGGAGAAGGGGCUAGUGCCCCGAAGCGAGGGCCUCCCCCUCUUACAGGUACAGUUGGCCACAGGGGGUGCCAUGGACCCUGUCCACGGGGUGCACCUGCCCGAGGCGGCAGCCUGCAGGCUUGGCCUCCUGGACCAGCAGGUCAGCCGGGGACUAACCUCCACAGCCGAGGACAACAAGUUCUUCUUCGACCCCAGCGCCCAGGACACGGUGACAUACAGUCAGCUCAAGGAGCGCUGUGUCCUGGACAUGGACACUGGCCUGUGGCUGCUUCCGCUCGCCCAGGACAAGGUGCUAAAGGUGGACGAGCACAUGGUGGUGGCUCUGAGAGCCAUGAAGGUCCCUGUCGGCACCGGCAGGUUCAAAGGCCUCAGCGUGUCACUGUGGGACCUGCUGCACUCAGAGUACAUCGACAUCCACACACGGCAGGAGCUGGUGGCCCUUUGCCAGUCUGGAAGGGCCACGGCCCUGCGGCACGUGGCUGCGGCCGUCACUGCCCUGGUUGAGGCCUCAGAGACACAGCCCUCAAAGGUCACCUUUAGAGGACUCCGGAAGCUGGUGUCAGCCAGUGAUUUGUUCAGGUCACGGCUGAUUGACAAGGAGACGCUGGACGCACUGACCCAGGGGACAAGGACGGUGCAGGAGGUGAUGGAGAGGAGCGGUGUGAGGCAGUACCUAGAGGGAGGCAACUUCAUUGCCGGGGUCCUUGCCCAGGGCACGAGGGAGAAGAUGAGCAUCUCCGAGGCCCUGAGGAGGGGCAUCCUGCGGCCCGGCACGGCCCUGGUGCUGCUGGAGGCACAGGCGGCCACGGGCUUCAUCAUCGACCCCGUGCGCAACCAGAGGCUGACGGUGGAGGAGGCGUUCGUGGCAGGGAUGUUUGGCAGGGAGACCUACCAGAAGCUGCUGUCCGCGGAGCGCGCCGUCACCGGCUACACCGACCCCUACACGGGGGAGCAGAUCUCCCUCUUCCAGGCCAUGCAGAAGGACCUCAUCGUCCGCGACCACGGCAUCCGCCUGCUGGAGGCGCAGAUCGCCACGGGCGGCAUCAUCGACCCCGUGCACAGCCACCGGCUGCCCGUGGACGUGGCCUACCGGCGCGGCUACUUCGACGAGGACAUGAACCGCGUCCUGGCGGACCCGAGCGACGACACCAAGGGCUUCUUCGACCCCAACACGCACGAGAACCUCACGUACGUGCAGCUGCUGGAGCGCUGCGUGCUCGACCCUGACACGGGGCUCUACAUGCUGCAAAUUGUGAAGAAAGGAGAAACCUACGUUUAUAUUGACGAAGCCACAAGACAACAGCUCAAGUCCCAAACCACAAAAAUGCAAGUGGGGAGGUUUGCCAAUCAGACAGUCUCCUUCUGGGACCUGCUGUCCUCCCCGUACUUCACAGAGGAAAGGAAACGGGAGCUCAUCCACGAGUACAGAGCCCAGAACACAUCCCUAGAGCAGCUGCUGGAGAUCAUCACCGCGACAGUGCAAGAAACAGAGAAUCGGUACCAAGGCAUGAAGGUGACAGCCAUCGGUGGGGAGGUGACCGCCGCAGAGCUGUUCAACUCUGAAAUCCUCGAUGAAAAGACCCUAGAUGCCCUGCCUGGGGAGACAUCUGGGGGGCAGGAUCUCAGCAGGCUGGUGCAACUGAGGCCCUAUCUGGAAGGGACUGGCUGCAUCGCGGGGGUGGUGCUACCCUCCACCCAAAAGGCAAUGAGCUUUUACGAAGCCAGCAGGGAGGGACUCAUCCCCAUGGGGUUUGCGACUCAGCUGCUGGAGGCCCAGGCAGCCACAGGCUUUCUGCUGGAUCCCUGCAGCCACAAGAAGUUCUCCGUGCAGCAGGCCGUGGCUAAGGGCCUGGUGGGUGAGGACCUGCAGACGAGGCUUCUAGAGGCUGAAAAGGCUGCCCUAGGCUAUGCAGACCCAGCCACGGGAGACAUAAUGUCCCUGUUCCAGGCAAUGCAGAGGAAGGUUGUCCAAAGAGAGGAAGCGCUGAGACUGCUGGAGGUACAGGUGGCCACGGGGGGUGUCAUCGACCCCCUGCACCACCACCGCCUCCCACUGCACGUGGCCUACAGACGCGGCUGUCUGCACCCAGACAUUUACCCACUCAUUGCACAUCAGAACCGCAUGAACAAAAGGUUUGUGGAUCCAAACACUCAGGAGAGGGUCACAUACCAACAGCUACAGGAAAGGAGCCAGAAAGGAGCAGGGACGGGCUGGGUUCUCUUCCUGCUAGUCCGUGAAAGCCAGAGCACUGCCUAUGUCGACGAGGCCACGAGGAGGGCCCUAGAGGCCGAGAAAGUGGAGGUCCCAAUUGGAAGGUACAAGGACCAGAGGCCGUCGCUGUGGGAGCUGCUCAACUCCGAGUACGUGACUCAGGAGACGAAACUCCAGCUGGUGAGGGACUAUAAAAGAGACACAACCAGAGCAUUGGAAAAGGUAGUAAACAUAAUUUUAGAAUUAAUAGAGGAGAAAGAAAAAAACAAAAAGGAACUAUGGUUCCCAGGGAUGAGAAAACACAUCACUGCUUCAGAACUCUUCCAAGCAGAUAUCCUCAGCAAAGAGAUAUUGGAGGACCUGGUCCAGGGCACCAGGACGCCGCAGGAGGUGACGGAGAUGGACUCGGUCAAGCGCUACCUGCAGGGCACGAGCUGCAUCGCGGGCGUGCUGGUGCCCGCCAAGGACGAGCCCGGGCGGCAGGAGAAGAUGAGCAUCUACCAGGCCAUGUGGAAGGGCGUCCUGCGGCCCGGCACGGCCCUGGUGCUGCUGGAGGCACAGGCGGCCACGGGCUUCGUCAUCGACCCCGAGCGCAACCAGAGGCUGACGGUGGAGGAGGCGGUGGCCGCGGGCGUGGUGGGCGGCGAGAUCCGGGAGAAGCUGCUGUCCGCGGAGCGCGCCGUCACCGGCUACACCGACCCCUACACGGGGGAGCAGAUCUCCCUCUUCCAGGCCAUGCAGAAGGACCUCAUCGUCCGCGACCACGGCAUCCGCCUGCUGGAGGCGCAGAUCGCCACGGGCGGCAUCAUCGACCCCGUGCACAGCCACCGGCUGCCCGUGGACGUGGCCUACCGGCGCGGCUACUUCGACGAGGACAUGAACCGCGUCCUGGCGGACCCGAGCGACGACACCAAGGGCUUCUUCGACCCCAACACGCACGAGAACCUCACGUACGUGCAGCUUCUCCAGAGAGCUACUCUUGACCCAGAGUCCGGCCUGCUAUUUCUCUCUCUUAGUUGAGUUGGGAUGGUUUUCCUCUGUGUUGUGUGGUUUAUGGCCAUAGUGUUGUAUUUCUGAAAUGUCAAAAAUUCCCAAUCUUUUUGGUUCAUCUUUCCUCUUUUUUUUAUAUGUCCUUUGACAAAACAGUCACUUCCAGUUUCUCCAGUGUCCUCGUCUUUUCCCUCCCAUGGUAAUGAAGAACAGGCUCCUUCUCCCUGUUCACAUGUACCGGCCUGCAGUGUUUACCUGUGAAAUUUUACUCAGUGUACCUCGGUGUAGAUAUUGUAAACUUUUCUGAUAAACUUUGUUGCAGCUCGGGCUCUCCUCUCAGCAGGGAGCUUGCUUACUCCUCUCUCUGCCUGCCUCUCUGCCUACUUUAGAUCUUUGUCUAUC